CAAGAUGAACAGUUGCAGGUUGUUUCUUCUAGCGGUCUGUAUUGCAUGUGGAGUGCAAAGUGCUCCGUCGGCUGUAAGCUCGAGGACACGAUCACAAUCAAGCAAUUCUGUAGACCCGACGGAAGCUUUGGAAAUUCCGAAUGUAACCGAGCAGGAUGCUGAAAUAAUGCUACGUGGUUUGGGGUACAACGAAAUCGAGGACGUUGAUGGAUCGGAGAUCAACACGCGAAUGUCCGAUUCAACGGAGCGAUCUUUGGCGGAUUUGAUUCGAAUUUUCCAACAGCAGCAUGGUUUGGAGGAAACCGGAAUCCUGGAUGACGAAACGAAGCUGGUGAUUGCUUCACCACGCUGUGGUUCGAAGAAAAGUGCAAAAACGAAAGAUGGCGUAAUGAAGUGGACUAAACAGCGACUUACCUAUCGGAUUCAUAAUUAUCCACGCGGGAAAACGGCCAAACCUAUUCGCAAUUCGCUUGCACGAGCCUUCUCGGAGUGGAGCAAAGUAACCAAUUUGGAUUUUGAGGAAGUGAGUGACGCCGGGGCCGACAUCGAGGUACGCUUUGGCGGAACAUUUCACAACCAGCGGGGGGAUCAGUGCAUUUUUGAAGAUCCAAACACGCUAGCACAUGCUUUCUAUCCGGAAAUUGGGGACGUUCACUUCAAUAGUAAGUAUUUCUUCGAGGGAGAUGCAACGAUGGAAGAUUUUCUGGAUACGGCACUACACGAGAUUGGCCACUCGCUGGGCUUGGAGCAUUCCAGUUCUAAAGCUUCGCUAAUGCAUCCGACCGAAAGUAAUGGGUUCACGGAGCCACAACCGAUGGACGUUCAGAAGAUUCAAUCGAUGUACGGUGUUCGCCGAGGGGGGCGAACAAUCAACACUUCCGGACCAAAACUAUGCUCGCUGAGCAAAAUCGAUGCUGCGAUUGAUGAUGAGGAUGGAAACAUCUUUGUCCUGGCUGGAAACUACUACUACAAUGCGAAUCAGUCUCGUUCCACGGGGCAGCUCAUAAGCACCAAGUGGCCCGGUCUUCCCGGUAAUAUCGAUGCCGCCUUCCGCUAUACGGACGGCCGAAGCUACUUCUUCAAGGGAGACAAAUACUGGCGCUUUAAGGGCAGCCGGUUGGAUGUUGGUCAUCCUCGGUUGAUUCGAAAAGGUUUCCCUGGUCUUCCGAACGACGUCGAUGCGCUGAUGGUCGAUGGCGAUGGGGAUAUUUAUGCGUUCCGAGGCAGUCAGUAUUGGACGUAUGACCCGAAGGCGAGAAAGGUUAGCUCCAAUACCCCGAACAGCAUCAAAGUGCUCGGUCUUCCGAGCAACGUCGAUGCAGCUGUAGAUACGGAAACGACGAUCGCUGCAUUCAAAGGUAUUAGCUUGUAUAAGGCAAACGAUAGUGGAAAGUUCAAAAUGACGCGCAGUGAUAUGCUUAUGUGCUAGUGUUUCUAGUUGUUUAUUUGUAAGUUUUGUUUUGUUCAAUUGUAUUAGUUUAAUAGUUUCGUUACAAUAAAAAUCCUGUCAAGUACAGGGUGAU